UAAGCGGUGCUCACGCCAGUUUCCUAUAUGGCUUGAAGUAUUUGAAAAAUGAAAUUCCUCAAAGAAAAAAAAAACCUGAUAUGGCGCAGAGAUUGCGCCAUCAUCACAGUGAUGCUGUCAAAAUGACCCAAAACAUGGCACGACCACAGCUCUGAAGCACGGGGGGAACAACUAUCUGCCAAAUUUAGAUAUACUCAUCCUUUUUGAGAUAUUUAGGGGGUAAAAAAAAAAUCAUACAACAUAUUACAUUUUCAAAAGUAACAAUAACCGACGGAAAAUAUCGUAAACGUUGCCCUAGAUAUUUUUGUCCCUCCCUGUCGCUGUCCAAUGGUUCAUUGGUUCGCUCCGUUGCUAUGCUAAGUGUAUUGUAGACGUUCUCUUUGGUGAUGGAGAAAAAUGCCGCCGGCGCACCGCUUUUGACGAUAUAAAAACGUCUCACUGCGACGGCAACAAAACCAUGGCCGGGAUACGACGAGCAACCGGCAAAUAUUCGGGAGUCAACCCGGCCGUCAGUUGCUGCCGCCUGCGCCAGGUUCAGUCUCUGCUCGGCGUCGAUGAUACUUUGAGUCGUGAUGGAAUCCUGUGUUCUCUCGGAAUCGACAGCAGGUACAACGAAGGCUGCGCGGAGCUGGCUAAAUACCUCUUCUACGGACUCUAUGGAAGAAGUCCCAUCAACGUGGAGCAUCCCUUGGACGCGUGUCCAGAGGAUAUGCUGGACGACGUGAUCCUUCUAAUCAAGGCCGAGUGCGUUCACCUCUACUGCAACCCGCUCAAUUUAGGCUACCUGCUACCGUACGUCUCCCACUGGAGGAACCUGCACCUCCACUGCAUGACCGAAGCUGAGUAUGAAGACGAAGAGGCGGCGGAGGAGUUCAAGAUCUCCAGUUUUGUCACCAUGGUGCAGGACUGCCAUCGUAUCGGUGUGCCCUACAGCUCCCUGGGCCACGUGCAAAAGUUUGACAUUUUCACGGUGGAAAAGUGGCCCCUCAUCCAAGCUUACGCCCUGGAGGGCAUUGGCGGCGGAAGCUUUUUCACCAUGAAAUACAAGUUGUCGGACAUGAGUGAGCGACUGUGGCGGCUUUACAGCAGACUGGACUCCGUGUCCCUGGACCGACUCUUGGCCGAGGAUUUGAGAAGCUUUGAGAGGCAGUGGAGUGGCUUCUUCUCCCGCAUGGAGCUGGAGAGCCACCUGUCCAUCCUGGAGCUGUCCGAGGCUGAGGCUGGAGAGGCCUUCCGCACGUAUUUCUCCCAUGGGCUGAUCGCGAGCAACCUCGCAGACAACAGUAAAGAUCGUCAGCCCCUGGUGUUGUUUGGUGCGCACUCGUCCUCAGAGGACAUGGACAGCUACUCCUUCAACUUUGCUUCGGAGAGUCACCAAGUCGGCAACACGGGACCUGGAGGCUCCCUGGCAAGUCACAUGAUUUUGCAGUGCGCUGCUGCCCGAGGACACUUGGCCUGCUCUCGGACCUAUUUCUUUGGAACCACGCACACCCCCUUCCUUGGGAGUCAACAUCCAAAGGCGCACAAAAGUGAAGUCUUGUUCUUGUCUCGCGUGUACUCGGCGGCCGUUCAAGCCGUUCUCGGAGCAAUUAAAUGCUUCUCCGGCACGUCCAGUGCCACCAAGGCGAAAGACGUCGCAGAGCACACCUUCCUGGCAUCGUUGGACUCGUUGAAUUUAAGCGCAUACCGCAGUAUUCUCAGGUCCAAAUGUGAAUUCAACAUUCAAGCAGCUGAUAAGCAGGGAAGGCUCCUUCCGCUGACCGAUACCGCGAGCCGCUUUGUCGUCAAGACAGCUUCCAUGACUGUCCGGGACGUGCCGGAUCCGCGGGGUCACGGGGGCACCCUGGGCUCCGUGGUCUUCUCCGAAGCGUUCCUCGACUCCAGCAUUAGCAUUCAACACAAAGAUGGCGCCGUGACAGCAGACAGCUGCUACACCGUCCUGACCGCCACCGUGCCUCGCUACGCCUGCUGGAUGAUGGAAUCUGAUGUCAAGCAGUCCGAGCUGGCCCAGCAAUUCACAAAGAAUGAGGAAGACUCCUGCUUGGGUCGCGCUCUGACCAACGCCGAUGACGCGUACGUGAUAUCCGGCAGCCACCUCUCGGCGCCCGAAGAUGGCAAGAUGGCCUUCUUCUCCGGGGGGCUUCUGUUUGUCCACUCGCAAUACGGAAGCAUCGCUCUCUCCCAGGAACACAUCGCCGCCCUGGCGUUCUACGAUCCGGACCCCGACGGUGUCGCGUCGCUCUUUGUGGACUACGAGAGCGCACUGCUGCCCCACUUGCCCUUCCCCCUCCACAGCGAAGACCAUUGCCUGGUCUUCGCCCUGCGGCCCAGGUCCAAAAGCUACCGGGGCUUCUAUUCCAAGGUUUUGCCGGUGUGGCAAAGGGCUGAAAGUGGGCUCGCUCUGCGCUUGGUGGACCAGGAUCAGCUGACGUGGCACCACAAAAACAUGCACAGCAGGCUGCAGCAGCGGCACGACGGUCAGGAGCCUCCGGUGGCCAAACGCAGAGGCACAUUGAGCACGUUGCAGUCGCACCUCCCAGAGCAAGACGUGUUUCUGCAGCAUUUUUCCCUGAGUAGCAUCGGCGAGGCGCCCAUACUGUCCGACCACUUGGGGGCGCUCUUCCCCUCCGCAGAACUGAGCGUGGGCUCGGCCAACAUGGGGGACAAGGUUGUCGUCACGGUCAUUAGCGGCCUGCCAGGAAGCCACAAGGAGACACUCUGCCACUUCCUGGUGCGCCUCAACAAAGAGUACGGAAGAUGGUUGGUGUAUCCUCCCGCUGCGGACGCCUGCGAUGGCGCCUUCUCGGCCUCCCACCUGCAGGAUUUUUUGUCCGACGUCUCCGCAAACCAGAAGAGGAGGACGGCAGGAAAGGUGCGCCUCCUGGUCCUCUCACCCGGAUACACGGAUGUUCUGGACGUUGUCCAGGCCGUGCUUCAACACCCGGACUCUGCUGUCCGGGUCCGGUUCAUCAUUGGCGCCGUCACCGCCUGCGUGGAUCCGCUCGCCUCCUGCAUGGAGCACAGGUUUGCUUUUCCAAAGCUGCUGGAGCAGUGCAGCCAAGGUAUCGUCAGCGCGGUGGUGUUCACCGGGGCCGCGGCAGACCAGACGCAUCCGCUGGCGCAGCACGUUCAGCAGGCGGUACGCGCCGCCAACCCCACCGCCGCCUUCAUCUCGGCGGCAAGAGGGGCCGUCACGAGGAAUGAAGACGUCAAGCUGAUUUUGUCGCCGAGCAGCUUCAGCCGACCUCAGAUGCUGCGGGCGCGUUACGUGCUCUACCCUGGCUGGUGCAAUGGGCGCUUCCUCACCGGUUCGGGGUCUUUGGUCCUCAGCCGACAUCGCCUGGCCUUCAGCCGGCCCCUGGAGAGGCCCCUGUUUGUCGCCCGCUGCGCAGCGUUCAAGGCGUCGCUAAGGCCGAGUCCCUUCAGCGGAAAUGUUUACAACGUGUGGGGAAAAAUCAGGUUUUCGGACUCGCCGCACGUGAUGGCGGUGAGCUACAGCGCGGUGAGCGGCGACCUCCGCGCGGUCCCGGAACAAACGGCCCGGCCCGAGAGGGAUGUCUCCUGCUUCCUGGUCUUUGACGGCGUCGGCCUGACCGAGGAUGCGCUCGAGGACUGGCUCAGGCUGUGCACCAAGCAGGUGUCGACCGAGAAGACUCAAAAGACCGAAAUGACGCUUUCGCCCCAAGAAAUGAAGAGCAUUCACACGAGCCGACAUCUGGAGCGGCUGCCGCCGGGAUUCAUCAACAACGGCUAUCAAUACAUGGACGCGUUUGGAGAGAAGCGAGAGCGCCAUCCAAACAUGCGUCGGUUUGCCGGAGAGGACGCGGCCGAGGCCAACGAACGCAUCGAGAUGUUCAACCGCCGGCCUCUUUGAUCCCUGAAAGUGAGAUCAGCCACCGCCGGUUGGGGGGCAAGGGGGCACACGGGACUCCUUUUGUUUUUCAAGUUGAAGGUGAGCUCGUCGCAGACGUUCUUUGGAUGCAGUCGGGCUUCGCUGUCCCGUGCCCGCCAUCUUGGCGGCCUCGCACGAACCCAAAGGAAAUGUCGUCCCGCGCCUUUUGCGCACCUGUCCGAUGUAAACAACAAAACGUUACGGCCGCCGCCGCCACGCCAAGGACAAUAGCGCCGCGUUAUUUUAAGAGUCCCCUGCCGCGAAGCUAAUGAAAGUGCAAUUAAGCGCGCGCGGGUCCCCCGCCACUGCAGAACAGCUGAGGACCGUCUCACGUGUCGGCCGCAAUCUUCUGCCUGCAUCACCGUCCCCCCCCCUUUUUUUUUUUUUUUUUUUCCACUCAUGGUUACGAGGAAGGAAGCCAGAGAUAGAUGCAAGAUGAGUGAUGAGUGAGUCUUGCACAUGUGAACGAACGCAUUCCAGCUUUUUGGGUUGUUGUUGGGUUUUUUUUUUCAAUCUUUUUCAGGUUGGAACAGGGCUUUCCAAACUUGUUCCUAUACUGGGAAAAAAACCAAAAACAAAGAUCGUAAGGGCCACUUUGACCUUCUUCCCUUUUAAUUGAGUAAACACUCUAAAACAUGGGAUGUCCAAACGACGGCCCGGGGGCCAUUUGCAACCCCCCCCCCCCCAACAA